AUGCCCGUACCCGCUCCUGCGUCCUCCAACUUUCUCGCUCCGCCGCCUCACCACACGCUACACAAGGCGCGGCCAGCCAACGCGAUCAAGGGCAAAUCUCGAGCGACGUCGGACGUAUUCCGGCCGAACCUACCACUCGACCCGUUCGCAAGCCUGCCCAAGCAGCCCAUCCGGAUUCCACCUGAGGCAAUAUUUGCCCUCUCUGUUGCGGAGCCUGCACGCGAUGUUGUAUUGGCACUGGGAGAACCCUCCGCGGCCCACCUCGACGCCUUAUUCCGCUCCCAACAUCUCGCAUUCUCGUUGUUGAUUGUGGCAUCUCAUGACCCACCCCCGAUCCCGCCUAAUGUCGUGCCGGCCGUGCGCGUACUCCGAUUGGCACAACCGCUGGACCUCGAACAUGCCGGCGCUGUCCGACUCGUGAACGUUCUUGAAUGGGCCGAGCGAGUCGCACGCUCGUGGCGCAAGCGAGGAGGCAUUGGUGUUCGCACUAUCGACGAACAUGACCUCGGAGCCCUCGCACCUCCGCCAGCCCUUCGCUCACGUGCUUCCUCGAGCGCUUCAUCGUCCUCCACUCGUCGCCCAACUAUGAAGGAGAAAGCCCGCGAAAGUGCGAGCAUGCCUACAAGCCCGCAUGCGUCGACAGUGAAUCUGCACUCGACAUCGUCUAGUGCAUCAUUUCGCAUGAUGCGCAAAAACGCCGAACGUGCUCUUCCGCCUGCGGAUCCGACCCAGCGCCCAUUCGAUGCAUUGAUUCACUGUAUUGCUCCGGGCGCUAGCGAUACCGCCAUGCUCAAGCAGGCUAUUCUUGUCACCACGGUGUCUCGACCUUUCCUCGUCGCCGCUGCUCCGCCAAUGCCCGCCACUAUGCGCAGCCAGUCGGCGCCAAACUCUCGCGCUAGUUUCCUAGGAAAGAGGACUUCGGGUUUCAGAGGAUCGGUACAUUCGCUGUACAGCAUGCCACCUACACCACCGAUCUCUUCCGGCGAGAGUCUUUCCUCACUCGUACCCGCUCCGCCUCCCUCGACGCGGGCACAUCUCAUUCAUCUUCUAUCCGCCCCACCGCCACGCACAGCACACAGGGUACUCCGGAGCAUCGAAUCUUUCCUUCUCAACUUCGCUUCGCCUGCCGAAGCAGGCGCGCACGGGAGGCCAAGCAGUAUGCAGCCUGCGCGUGCAUUUCUGCUUGACGCGCAGGCGUUUGCCGCGCCAUUAUCCCUGCCGCCUGAUCUUGGACUCCCACCCGACUGGUCCGUGGCCGAUACACUGCUGGGUGGGUGCGCGGACGGCGAUAUGUCUUCUACUAUCGCACUAGCACCCACACCGGCCAUCGCGGCGGCCCCCUCGAACGACGUUCCACGCGCAUGGCUCCUCGGCGCCCGGGAUCUCAUUGUACUUCCUGCUGCUCCAAGCCCAACGGUCGAGGAGCCAGCGCGCACACAUAACCGCAUAAGACACCAGAGUUACGGCGCUGUGGAAGGCAUGGGUCUCGCAGAGAGCGGUGCUCCGCGGAUGCCGCGAGUUUUGAGAAGAACUUCGACGCCUGGUGGCCCCAAUCAGGUUGCGCCAGGGAAGAGCGCGGGUGGUCUCCCCACACCGCCGGACAGUGAAGAGGAAGCUGCCGGCGGGGAAAGCCCAGCCAGCACGGCGAUGUUGAGUGGCAACGGGGAUUCCAGUGGGCCGCUUUGGAGCAGUAGUGCGAGUGCGCCGCUGCCAGAUGGGAGGGAGAAAAAGAGACGGCGGUGGAUGUUCUGGAAACGGGCCCCAUAA